UUUUUUUGAGACAUGGCCCGGGCAGUGGCUCCUGGAAGAGGAACAAGUGUGGGAAAAGAGAGAGGAAACCGGAGCUAAAUGACAGGAUGCAGGCGACUUGAGACACAAAAAGAGAAGCAUUUCUCUCGGAUCAAGGCAUUGCCUCGCUGCUCUCUUUUCUCCAAGACGGACUGAGGAUUUUACAGCUCUAGGCGGAGUUGAAGCUCUUCAGAUUGUUUAGAUUCCCCCUUUGCUCUAUUUUCCCUGCACGUUCUCGUUCUCCCGCGUCUGCCUGGGGAUCCGGCGAAGGGAGAAUGGAGAGGGGGCUGCCGCUCCUCUGCGCCGCGCUCGCCGUCGCCCUCGCCCUGGCCAGCGCUUUUCGCAACGAUAAGUGUGGCGAUACGAUAAAAAUUGAAAGCCCUGGGUACCACGUCUUUGGUUAUCCUCAUUCUUAUCAUCCAAGUGAAAAAUGUGAAUGGCUGAUUCAGGCUCCCGACCCGUACCAGAGAAUUAUGAUCAACUUCAACCCUCACUUUGAUUUGGAGGACAGAGACUGCAAGUAUGACUACGUGGAAGUCAUCGAUGGGGAAAAUGAAAAUGGACGCUUAUGGGGGAAGUUCUGUGGGAAGAUCGCCCCUUCUCCUGUAGUGUCUUCAGGGCCAUUUCUCUUUAUCAAAUUUGUCUCUGACUAUGAGACACAUGGAGCUGGAUUUUCCAUACGUUAUGAAAUUUUCAAGAGAGGUCCUGAAUGUUCCCAGAAUUACACAGCACCUAGUGGAGUGAUAAAGUCCCCCGGAUUCCCUGAAAAAUAUCCCAACAGCCUUGAAUGCACUUAUAUUAUCUUUGCACCAAAGAUGUCAGAGAUUAUCCUGGAAUUUGAAAGCUUUGACCUGGAGCUCGACUCAAAUCCUCCAGGGGGGAUGUUCUGUCGCUAUGACCGGCUAGAAAUCUGGGAUGGAUUCCCUGAUGUUGGCCCUCACAUCGGGCGCUACUGUGGACAGAAGACACCAGGUCGAAUCCGUUCUUCAUCAGGCAUUCUCUCCAUGGUUUUUUAUACCGACAGUGCAAUUGCAAAAGAAGGCUUCUCAGCAAACUACAGCGUCUUGCAGAGCAGUGUCUCAGAAGAUUUCAAAUGUAUGGAAGCUCUGGGCAUGGAAUCGGGGGAGAUUCAUUCUGACCAAAUCACAGCUUCCUCCCAGUAUAGCACCAACUGGUCUGCAGAACGCUCUCGCCUGAACUACCCUGAGAACGGGUGGACUCCUGGCGAGGAUUCCUACAGGGAGUGGAUACAGGUAGACUUGGGUCUUCUGCGCUUUGUCACUGCUGUUGGGACACAGGGAGCCAUUUCAAAGGAAACCAAGAAGAAAUAUUACGUCAAGACUUACAGAAUAGACAUUAGCUCCAACGGGGAAGACUGGAUCACCAUAAAAGAGGGAAAUAAACCUGUCAUCUUUCAGGGAAACACCAACCCCACAGAUGUUGUGUUUGGAGUUUUCCCUAAACCGCUCAUAACUCGAUUUGUCCGAAUCAAACCUGUGACUUGGGAAACUGGCAUAUCUAUGAGGUUUGAAGUAUAUGGUUGCAAGAUCACAGAUUACCCUUGCUCUGGCAUGUUGGGUAUGGUGUCUGGACUUAUCUCUGACUCCCAGAUAACAGCAUCAAACCAAGGGGAGAGAAACUGGAUGCCUGAAAAUAUUCGUUUGGUAACCAGUCGCUCCGGCUGGGCACUACCACCCGCACCCCACCCAUACGUAAACGAGUGGCUCCAGGUGGACCUGGGGGAAGAGAAGAUUGUGAGGGGCAUCAUCAUUCAGGGAGGGAAGCACCGGGAGAACAAAGUGUUCAUGAGGAAAUUCAAGAUAGGAUACAGCAACAAUGGCUCGGACUGGAAAAUGAUCAUGGAUGACAGCAAGCGCAAGGCUAAGUCUUUUGAAGGCAACAACAACUACGAUACGCCUGAGCUACGGACUUUUCCACCUCUUUCCACACGAUUCAUCAGGAUCUACCCUGAAAGAGCCACUCAUGGAGGACUAGGGCUGAGGAUGGAACUGCUGGGCUGUGAAGUGGAAGCACCUACAGCUGGACCGACCACUCCCAACGGGAACCUGGUGGAUGAAUGUGAUGACGACCAGGCCAACUGCCACAGCGGAACAGGUGAUGACUUCCAGCUCACAGGCGGUACCACCGUGCUGACCACAGAAAAGCCAACCAUAAUAGACAGCACCAUACAAUCAGAGUUUCCAACAUAUGGUUUUAACUGUGAAUUUGGCUGGGGUUCUCACAAGACAUUCUGUCACUGGGAACACGACAAUCACGUGCAGCUCAAGUGGAGUGUGUUGACCAGCAAAACUGGACCCAUUCAGGAUCACACAGGUGAUGGCAACUUCAUCUAUUCCCAAGCGGAUGAAAACCAGAAGGGCAAAGUGGCUCGUCUGGUGAGCCCCGUGGUGUAUUCCCAGAACUCCGCCCACUGCAUGACCUUCUGGUAUCACAUGUCUGGUGCGCACGUGGGUACACUGAGGGUCAAGCUGCACUACCAGAAGCCAGAAGAGUAUGAUCAGUUGGUCUGGAUGGCCAUUGGACACCAAGGAGACCACUGGAAGGAAGGGCGGGUCCUGCUCCACAAGUCUCUGAAACUUUAUCAGGUGAUUUUUGAAGGCGAAAUCGGAAAAGGAAAUCUUGGUGGGAUUGCAGUGGAUGACAUUAGUAUUAACAACCACAUUUCCCAAGAGGACUGUGCAAAACCAGCAGACCUGGAUAAAAGGAACCCAGAAAAUAAAAUUGAUGAAACAGGGAGCACCCCCGGCUAUGAAGGCCCAGGAGAAGGCGAUGAGAACAUCUCCAGGAAGCCGGGCAAUGUGCUGAAGACCUUGGAUCCCAUCCUCAUCACCAUCAUAGCCAUGAGCGCCCUGGGGGUCCUCCUGGGCGCCGUGUGUGGGGUGGUGCUCUACUGUGCCUGUUGGCACAACGGCAUGUCAGAGAGAAACUUGUCUGCCCUGGAGAAUUACAACUUCGAACUCGUGGACGGCGUGAAGUUGAAAAAAGACAAACUGAACACACAGAGUACUUAUUCGGAGGCAUGAAGGCGGACGGAGGCAAAGACAAGUCGGAGAAUUGACGUGGAAGGUCAGAACUUGAGCGUGCUGGGGAACUGUUGAUCUCUCUCACUGUCCAGUCUGGGAAGUGCGUUGAUGACGCUGAGCCAGGCUUUUCUCAGGAGCUUCGAUGAGUAUGGCCGACAGACAGGAACGAGUUCGCUGUGUUCACAAUCGGAAUCAUGUACAGUCAGCUUUUUUCUGUUGGUUUCAUUUGAAUAAUCAAAUGCUGGUGUUGAGACCAAGUAUGAAUGACUUAAUAAUUCAUUUCGACUCUCCCUCCCCUUCUCUCUCCUCCUCCUUUGAUGGAUUCUUUUUGGAAACUGUGCAAAAUCCAAGAUGCUGGCACCAAGUGUAUUCAGUGGGGCCCUUUUGACGGACAUGCUACCUGUAGCCCAGUGCCCAGAAUAUAGUAGAAAACCCGCCCUUCAGUGGACUCCUGAAGCCGUACUUGUGUAUAAUUGCCCGCGUCGUGCAUAGGCAGAGAAGGAUUAGGACGUUUUAUGUGAACGUACUGUAUCUCCUCAGUACCGGUAUCGUGUGUCAGCUCUGUUUACAAAGCAAUACCGUCAAAUUUUCUUGAUGUUUUCCAGUGUUGUACUAAACCUCGUGCUUGUGAACUCCAUACAGGAAACUGUGCCAUCACCAAACACUGCUGGCAACCGCAAUGAAAACUCCUUGGCACUGGCUAGUCUAUGUCCUCUCAAGUGCCUUUUUGUUUGUACUGGUUCGCAUUGUGUUACAUUAACGACCCGCUCUGUUUCUCGCUGGUGAAAGCCCUACUCUUUAAUCAAACCCUGGUGGCCCACUGACUAAGAAGAAAGUAUAUUUUAGUGUGAGAUGUCAGCCCCCUGGGAUGGCAAGGGCUCCGAAGAUUUGGCAAUGUGGCUUAAUUGCUCUGCUUUUUCCGUAGUUCAAUUUCAUGUCUCUUGACCCUUUUGUAUAAAGCUGCAAUAUUCUCUCUUAUUGGUCUUUCAUAUGGAAUGUAUUUUCAAAUGUAAACUCUUUCUCUCCUCUCUCUCUCUGUCUUUUUUCUCUCUUAGAACUUAAGCAUUUGCCAUUGUCCAGAAAAGAAACUUGCAGCUUUAACCGGCUGGUAAUGGCAAACAAUUUUGCUAGACUUUAUGUUUAAAAAUAAAUAAAUAAGGGAAAUUCCUAACUUUGCCCUCCAAAGUCUAACUUUGGUUUCUUGUUAACUGGUUAAAGUGACAGUAUCUUUUUUCCUUAAACCAUUUGUCUGUCUGCUCCAAUCAAAAUGAUCUGUGAUAGAAGCAUUCACAUUUAAGAGAAAGAGUGAUAAGCUGAGGGAAGAGGUAAUACUAAUUGGCUUUCAAGUGAGACCCAAAGGAAGGACUGAAUACAAUUCUCCAAAUAUCCAAAAAUAUGAGAUUUUUACAUCCAAAUCUACAAACUGACCCUUGAGAACCUUCUUGUUUUGCUAUUGAAUCAGACAAGGGAAGUGGAAGAAAGAACAGUUAAUUUAGGAAAGUGACUAUAAAUCCGAGUGCCUGGGGUGAAGUAUUUUAAGAUAAGACGGAGAAAGAAAACGAGUAGAGUCAAAACAAAUCUUUAAAAACAUCCAUUUAGGAGCAACCCUGAAAAAACAGAGACUUGAAUGAAUGCAUCUAGAAACUUCCAGUGGCUCACAAAGAAAAAAGCCUGCGGUGGGGCUGAUAAGACGGAAGCCUCCAACAACAGCACAGAGAGGUAAAUAUCUUAUCAGGCAGCAAGUGAAUUAAUCCAAAGAAGGUGUGGUUGUUUUCAGAAGGUUCCUAUCAGGCCAUGGUAUACAGAAGAACUUUUAGAUUUUCCUCCCUUCUUACAAUGCUGUGUGGUCCCAUUCAGAUACAUUUGUGGGAGUCACAUUUGCAUCAUGGAUGGGUCAGUCCAUUCAUCUUGGUUUAAUUGGAUUAAGGAUGUCUUUUGUUUCCAGGAAAGUAUUGAUCACUAUGAGAAAAGAAUAGAUUUUUAUCCCCAGAGGCAUUCAUUCACUUGUUAGAAUCGUACUGGGAUGAAAGCACUAAGUAAGACCUGAUUUUUUUUUUUUUAAGGCAACAGACUUAAAGUUGUCCUUAGCCAAGGAAAAAUGAUACUGCAACUUUAAAUUUUAAAGUAUCUUGCACUGAUAAAUAUAUUUAAAAAUUAUAUGUUUAUAAAGUUAUUAAUUUGUAAAGGCAGUGUUACAAAAUGUUCAGUUUAUAUUGUUUUAGAUUGUUUCGUAAUUUUUAAAGGUGUAAAAUAACAUAUUUUUUCUUUAUUGAAAUCUAUAAGACUUUCUGUAGUAAAAUGUUUUCAUUUUACUGGUAUAUGAUUGCUUCAUGUUUUGUACCAUCAUAAAAUUUUGUGCAAAUUUUUUUUACAGAAAUUUUUAUUUUCUAUGACAAUAUGACACUUGUAAAUUGUUGUUUCAAAAUGAACAGCGAAGCCUUAACUUUAAAUGACAUUUGUAUUUCACACUGAGUAGCAUAAAAACACAUAGAGUCGAACUGUAAUUUCAAUCCCAAACUAUGACUACUACAUUCCAAAGAGACAGUUGAAUUAAACAUUUUCAUAAAAUA